AUGAAUGACCUCACAGAAUACGUGACCCUGAUCUCCUCAGACGACUUCAGCUACGUCGUGCUCAGAAGUACAGCUUGUAUCUCGCCCAUCAUCAGACGCAUGCUCGAUCCAUCAAAUGGCUUUAUGGAAGCCAGUACCAACACCGUCCACUUCGACAAUAUUAACGGCAUAGUACUUGAGAAGGUCUGCGAGUACUUCUACUACAAUGAGAAGAACAAAGAUGCCAAGGACGUGGCAGAUCCUGAGUAUGCAUCUACCUUGCUGAUAAUGGUUCGCAAGCUGAUAAGCGUCAGCUUCCCAACUGAACUGUGUCUCGAACUCCUCAUGGCGGCAGACUAUCUCGAUGUCUGA